CAGUAUUUUGUAACACCAAAAAAGAAGAAAAAAAAAACUCGAUUUAGCUUAGACCUCUCGUUCCAGUCUGUGAGAUUACAAACAGCAAUGGAGGCAUCAAGAUUAUGCAGGUGUAUGAAGGCACUCUUGUUGAAUAGAUUUCCAGCAAAUAUCUCAUAUUCACUCAAUCUUGUGAGAUGUAAUUCUAACCGAGCAGCUAUUGCCAAGACGAAUCGCAAGGUGUAUUCCCGCAUGUACCCUACACUGGUGGUCAACACGGAUGGAUCAACAUUUCGCAUCAAAUAUGGUGAACCAAGGAAAAUUUUAAAGCUACCUGUAGAUGUCAACAUGUUAGCUGCUGAUGAAAAGAAGAUUCGCCUUGCCAGAUACCAGCCCAAGAAGAAAGUCAAAAUAGAAGAUGAUUUAGACGAUAACUUUGAUGCCAAUAGAUACAAGCAUUUAUGGAACAAGAAAAAGUAAAGACAGACUCUAACUGAGAAGGAAACAGUGGUCAGCUUUGAUGCACAAUUGACACAACCCUUUUGUGGGACACAGCGCAAAUCAUUACCUAGAAUUAAUUGCUCCCAAUUGUGCCGGUUGUAAUUAAAUUCAUAUGAACAGGAUCUCUGAUGGUAGAAAAUGCCUCCAGACUUCAACAAGGCUAUCAUUGAUGCAUCUGUGUUUAGAGUAAACCUGCGAGUUGAAAUUCUGCAGAAGGCAAGCAUUUGCUAUGCAAAAAACGGGUUUCUCUACAUGAAGCAAGGACAUCAAGACUUCUGAACUGCUUUGUGGAAAUAAAUUCAGUGAAAGAAAAAAUAUUUUGUACAUGCAGUUGUAAAAUGUUGAAUACAAGUCAUUAAGUUUGCACUUGCAAAUUCAAUAAACUUCUGAUUACUUUGUUAGCUAAA